AUGCAUUUUGUACUUAUUCCCACCACAAACCUUCAGAAAAGUGUGAGAGCAGUGCAGUAUUUCGAGAGCCCGAAAGGAUGCAUGAGUAAGGCUGCUCCCCAAUCGACACAUAAAUCGGAGAUAUGCAUGACACCAGCCUUAUUACUCUACAUCAGUCUGGCACGGUUGUGUGAAAACGUGUUGGCAUUCAAAAAGAAAUUUUUGGAUGUUUUUGGAUUUUUCGAGGUGCAUAUGACACGUACGACAAUUGUACAGUAUAUGUGUGUGGACAAGACAUGA